AGGGAGGAGGGCACCCAAGGCCUGGCGUGCGUGUCAACUUUGCAGACAUGACGUGCCUCCCAUCGCUCGGCACUGUCAAGUAUGCAAGGUGUGCAUCUGGGAGCGCGAUCACCACUGUUUCUUCAUUGGAAACUGUGUGGGCAGAGACAACAUCAACGCCUUCAACCUCCUGUGUAUCCUGACAGCGACGUGCGGCUUCCUCUACCUGGCUGUGGUGAUGGGAGGGGCGGUGCUGCGCGAGAAAGAGCUGCGGGGUGCUGACUGGAUUCUUGGCUUCAUUAGUCUAAGUCUUCUUUUAGGCUGUAUAUACAUGUACCUUUACGUAAAGAACCGCCGCAGACGUAUGAUGCAGAGGUUUCCCAUGUUCUUUGAGUGACGAAACACUCUCCUUGGCGGUGUUCGGUGAGGUGAGGGAAAAGUAACGCAAAAUGAACCCUAAGAAUUUAGUUUACUGGUAAUGAAUGUGAUGACCUGCCUCGCGUCGGUGUUUGGUUAUAUUGCCUCAGUGAAGGAUCCCGCACUCAACAACGCCGGCAGAAACAUGAGCGCCACCACCACCAAGUGUUCGAGUCGAUGGAGGCCAACAAGGGACACAUGAAGGACAGGGACAUGCAGAGUGAGCUGGGACGCGCCGCCAACGCGGAGGGUCCUCACCAAGGCCUGGACUGGUACGGUGUGGAUGCCCUGCUAGUGGUCCAGACUGGAGCUGGCAAGAAAGUGAAGGAAACCCUCCUUCACUCCUUCAAUUGUGAUGGCGGCGAGGCAGGAGGGAGAGGCCAUCGAUCGCGCCGCCCUGUGCCAGACCCAUCCAUGCCUUUCCUGCACAAGUUUCACUUUUCAGGAAACAUACACAUCAUUUCAUUUGAAGUACUUUAAUGCACAAGUAACCACACUCGUAUACAGACAAUUAUGUCUUAACUGAGGCUGGCUGCUGUACAGGAUGAAUGUGAGGGCUGCGUCCGUUAGGACUAGAGGCAGGAUCGCCGCGAUGCUCCUUCCACAUGACCGGGAUACAUAACAUGCACGAGUUUCUUUACAAGUGUGGAUGAGCCAGCUGCUUUUAACAUUUCAUUAUCUGCAGGUGCAGACCGUCUUCCUGGUGCUGGUGCUCCUGUCACCUCCAGCGGCAGCAUCCUGGAUAUUCCCUGACCAGAAGCAGGCGGCGCCCAGCAGCAGGGACACUGAGGGCGUGAGCGCAGACCUCAACCUGCUCACCCUAGUAUCUGGCCAGUCACCGCCUACAGCAGCAAAUGAUGGCCUCGCGCUGCUCCGCCACCUGCUGCAGGCCCAGAGGAACAAGGUGCCGCGGAGCCUGAACGCCCAAACGCCCUCGCUCAAUCCCCCCUCGGGUGUCACCAUCCACCACGGCAGUCUCCUCCCCCAGCAGUUCAAGUCCUCGCAGAGCUCUCAGAGUUGCUGCACUGGCUCAGGUUUCAAGCCCAGCACGUACUUGCUCUCCCCAGCUAACAAACUUGGAGGUGCUGCGCCAUACAAGCACGCCAUAACUACCACAACAACCACACACAAACCCUCACACACAAUCAAGGCUAUCAAUAUCUACAGGCCAGUUUUCAAUUCUAUAAUUACAACUCACAAACCAGAAUUUAUCUAUGUGGAUGAUUUAACUCAGCCUCCUCUCUCCUAUUCCACUACAGCUCCACCACAAACUUACAACUCCAUCAUUGACCUUAUCACAACCAACACGCCAACACACAACAGUAACUAUGGCACCACUAACCCUCCUUACAAAGCCACCACUACCACCACCACCACUUUUAAACCCCAAAGUAGUUACAACCAGAUAUCUUACGAGUCACCUGACAAGUACAAGCCAACCAGCACCGUACAUAGACAGAUCAGCACCAGCACAUCGCAUAGGUUACCUCACCGCGACCAUCACCACGUCGCCAGCACCUUGAAGCCUCGCAGACAGGGUCGUGGUUAUCGCUACGGAUACGAGGUUAACUCCCAACACCAUGGCACCUCCUUCGGCCAUCACGAGCUCAGCGACGGGAACACAGUCCAAGGGGAGUACCGCGUGCAGCUGCCUGACGGUCGCCUGCAGGUUGUGACUUACACGGCGGAUGGUGAGCGAGGCUUCCGGCCAGUGGUGCGGUACGAACAAGGAAGAUAGAGUAUUCCUGAGGUACAAUUAUUUGUUUACUUACGGUACAAGGAUGAGUAUUCCGGAGGUACAAUAACCUGUUUUCUUAGGGGAUACAGUAUUCCUGAGGUAUUUGUCUACUUUCAGUACUAGGAUCCCCCAUUAAGAACUUUCCUGAGAUACAAUAAUUUAUUUACUUAGGGUAUGAGGAUCCCACACGAAGAUCGAGGUACAAUAAUGUGCUUAGUUUUGGUACAAGGAAUAUCCCACCCACAGAAGUAGAGGUACAAUAAUGUGUCUACUUUGGGUACGAGGAGUAUCCCACACAAGAAGAUAGAGGUACAAUAAUGUGUCUACUUUAGGUACGAGGAAUAUCCCAUCCUCUGCCACCACUUGCUUUGAUCCUCAGCCAUCCAGAAGGUACAUCAUCUGAGGCUUGGACUUGAGUCUCGAGCUUAGAGGAUCUCAUACAUUAAAAAAAAAAAAAAAAAAAAAAGGUAUAUGCCAUAAUCCA